AUGAAUGUAGAUGCCAAAAUCAGACCAGAAUCCCGCAACAGAAUAUUUCACAAGGGCGACAGUCUUCAAGAGCUCAUACUGGAUCCCAAAACCGCCGUUCGGAGGUACGCUGAAAACAACAUGGCGUCCAAUGACCAUUCUGCCCAGCACGCCUCGGAGAACCCACGUCAGGAUCUCUCCAACCUGGUCUCAAACUACUCUCAAGAAAAAGGGCGACGUGAGAGAUUCAGCUCUGGUUUCCCUCCUUCUUCUUCGCACAACCCUGGCGGUUCAACCAGCACAUCGCCCCCGGUGCCACUUGCUGCGUCCUUUAGCUCGAACGGGCCGCCUCUGCCGUACAGACCCUCAAGGCCCAGCACGCCCGAAGUACGUCUCAUCGGGCCCGCGCCUCCCAAGCCUGAGGUUGAAAUGACCGGCUUUCCUGCUCCCAGACUUUAUCACCGCAUGGUGACCGAGUACGAGACGAUCAGAACUAUUUUCUACCUAGCCAGAACACAGCCGAGCCACAAUGACCUCAGUCCCAUAGCCGCAAAACUAAAGUUUCUUUCCCGCGAAAUCUGGAACCUGCGCUACAAUCGUGCGGCCGAGUUCCCAUACAGCGAGGCCGUCACCGAGGAGCGCAUUACAGAGUGGAAGGUUCAGUACGAUUAUUGGGCCGAUGUGCUGGAAGAUCUUCUCGACCCGCGCUAUGUUGCCAGAACCGAGCUCGAGAAGAGCGAGGAAGACUGGGCAGGUGUGGCGGGCCUGGCUUCGGUCCCUGGUACUGUAGGCAUCGCCAGGAAGAAGGUGACACUUGCUGACCCGUUGGAUGAUUCCCAAGAUCAAGAGGAUGAAGAGGUCGGCCCUGUGUCUAUUUUGAAAAAGAAGAAGGCGGUUGGCAGUAAAGAUGCCCCCAAGAAGAAGAAGGUGCCGAAGAAGGCGUCCGAGUAG